AUGGCCGUCGGACGCAGCGCUGCCCUCAAGCUCGACUGGACCAAGCUCGCCACGCAGCUUGGUCUCAAGGGUCAAACCGCCGCCUCCCUCCAAGCCUUCAAGAAGCGAAACGACGAUGCGCGCCGCAAGAUCGCCGUCCUCUCGGAACAGUCGCAGACCGUUGACUUUGCCUACUACCGCAGCGUCCUCAAGAACCAGGCCGUCGUCGAUGACAUCGAGAAGCAGUUCAACGCAUUCAAGCCCCAGACGUACGAUGUAGGAAGGCAGAUCAAGGCCAUUGAGGCUUUCGAGGCCCAGGCCGUCCAGAGCGCAGAGCAGACCAAGUCCGUCGUCGACAAGGAGUUGAGCGAUCUCCAGAAGACCCUCAAGAACAUCGAGGAGGCCAGGCCAUUCUCUGACCUCACUGUUGAUGAGGUUGCCGCUGCCCAGCCCGAGAUUGACAAGCGCACCGAGCAGCUCGUCUCCAAGGGUCGCUGGGCCGAGAAGUUUGGCGAUCUGUCCGUUCUCUAA